CAAUAGAAAGGUCUUGUGUAAUUCACCUCAGUUUCUCCACAGUCAAACAGUCAAAAUGACAGAACAGGCCAUGGAAGUGGACUUGAAUAACAGGGACCCCAACUCUCUCAACAGCACCAUUCAGGUUGCCUUUGAGGAUGUGUUGGGAGAACCAGAGGGCGCCCAUAGCAUCGACUGUGUCUGGACCAACAGUUACAAAUGCUUCACCUGUGGGAAGAACUGUUGCUACAAGUUCAUGAGUACCCUGUGUGGAAUUUGUAUUGCACUGUACUGGGGAUGUGAGUUCGCCAUGAUCACGUUCGAGAUGGUAUGGUGCUGUACACCUGCUCUCAAAGUUCAUUCCAUCAUGCUCGGAAUUUGUCAACGUUUCUUCGGAUCAUGCAUCCAGUGUUGUCUGGCUCCUCUCUGUGAGACGAUGGGAUUAUGCUUCGGGAACAUUACAAUUACUAAGAAAUGAUAAAACGAUUAUCAAAACUUUCGAUAGACAAAUCAAUCAAUUUUUGUGCCAUCCCUCAACAACUGUGAUACUAGCCAGUUUUGGCUGGGUUUCCUUGAAGUGAGUCAGUGAUAUUUUACAUACACUUGCUAUUUCAUUAAGAUAUCGAGUGGAUUAUCAUCUCAAAUGUUUAAUGUUCUACUUGUCAUUGAUGUAUUUCUUUUACAAUAAAAUAUUUAUUUAACAUGUUUGUGUAUGUUGUUAACUAAUAUCAAAUGGAAACAAAGUAAAGAAACAUGCUCC